CAGUUCAAAUUGGAAACACGUGCCGGUAUUUUCCAAGUUCGUUCGUAUAUUGACUGUUUCGGAAAUAUAUUCGCCAACCGGAGAAUUUUUAGUGUAAUUUAAAACGUUCCUUUAUAUUUAGAGGGAUUGUUUCGUGGUGACACUGAUUUAUUUGUUAAAAAACGGGUCAAUUAUGGAAGGUUUAAAGGAAGACCCUAGAAUAUUACCAAAACUUAAAACGUUUUGUGCUUUAAAUGAACAAUUUAAAAUAUGCUUUGAAAAAACCGAAAGGAAUAGCAAUUUUUUACGUUAUCAUCUGGAUGAAAUGCACAUACAUUAUAUAGCUCAUGAGUUGCUUCAUGUACCCCAAUACCUUGAGAAUAUUGCUUCACAUUUUAGCGGACUGUUACCAAGACUCCUAUCUAUAGCAAUAUUUUUUGACGAUGAAUUUUAUAAAUUUGACUAUAAUCGACAUGUUGUAAACACAGUUUUAUUAGGAAAAAUUCUAAAGUUGAGACCAGACUUAUCAAGUUACGCAUUGAAGUAUUUCAAUUCAUAUCCUUCUCCUUUUGAUGAGCCAGAUGAAAUCGAAAGUAAGAGAUCUAGAAAAAACUAUUCAGUAACAGAUAUUGAGUUGGUUGAGAGCUGUCUAGUGCUAUUGAUGAGUGAUGUAGAGUUUUAUAAAAAUAAAUGGAAUUGGUCCAAAUUUAUUUGGAAAUAUUUGAAACAUGGAGAUAGGAGAGUCAGAUGGAUUACAGGAUAUUGUAUAUGCACAAUCAGUAAAAUGAGUGAAAAACAAUCCGAACUAUUUAUGAUGCAGUUAGUCUCUAAAGAAGUACAUAACAACUUCACUUAUAUAUUCAAUGAAAAGUCUACUCUUACAAAAUAUGACAGUCCACAUUUGGACCUUAAUCCUAUAGCAAAUGCUUCUGUUGGAGGAAUUAUUCAAACGAAUAAUAUAUCUGGCAUUCAUAUUCAAACGAAACCACACUUUUACCCCUUAGAAACAUCCAUAAUAGAGGUGGAAUCAACAAGCAAUAAUUUGAGAAAAAUAGCUCUGGGCCUUACUUUGAACCAGGCUAUUUGUCUACAAGGCCCUGUGGGCUGUGGAAAAACAACACUUGUGGAAUAUUUAGCAGCUAAGACGGGAAGGGUUCUCGGUAAAGACUUCAUAAAAAUCCAACUGGGAGAUCAAAUGGACAGCAAGAUGCUCUUAGGAACCUACAGAUGCACGGACAUACCCGGUGAAUUUGUUUGGCAAGCGGGUGUUUUAACACAAGCUGUGACCGAAGGUAGCUGGUUGUUGAUGGAAGAUAUCGAUUCUGCCAAUAUGGACAUAGCAUCCGUCUUAACGAAUCUAUUAGAAAAUAAGGCUUUAUCAAUUCCUGGUUUUCGAGAUAAUGUGCCAAUAACGCCUGGUUUUAAGAUUUUCUUCACCCGAAGAUUUUUAUCUACAAUUACAGGACAUCAUAAAAAACACUCAAACCCAAUGAAUCUCAUGAAAAAACAUCUACUACAAAUUAAUAUCGAUCCAUUCACGUUAGCUGAACUGAAAAAGAUCGUGGUUGAGAAACAUUUUGAAUUCCGAUUUAUCACAGACAAAUUAGUAGAAGUUUAUAGGUUAUUUUCAGAGGACAAUCAGCAUGGCGCACAAAUGAGUAGAGGUUCAAGAUUGAUUUCAACAAGAGAUUUUUUCAAAUGGUGCUCUAGAGCUAUCAUUGGUUUCAACCCUAAAAGCCAAGAGAGUGCUUUGAAAGUACUUCAAGAUGCCAUUGAUAUUUUCUGCUGUGCGCAUCCAGACCCACAGGAAGCCAUUAAUUUAGCAAGACAAAUCAGUACCCUGCUGGGUAUAGUGAAUCAGAAAGCAGAGUUCUUUUAUCAACUGUACAAACCGGUUAUUGAGUCAACUACGACUUCUUUUAUUGCCGGUAGGGCUUCAAUGACUAAAAAUAUGAACCAGUACGUUCAACACUUGACUUACACGUUUACUAGACCAUCAGCAGUUUUGCUGGAAAGAAUCAUGUGUUGCGUGAAUUCUUCCGAACCAGUAUUAUUAGUUGGUGAAACUGGUACAGGUAAAACAUCUACAGUACAAUACCUUGCAAGUGUCAUCGGCAAAAAACUAGUUGUUAUUAACAUGAAUCAACAAUCGGACUCUGCAGAUUUACUUGGGGGGUUCAAACCAGUCGAUUUGAAAUAUGUCAUAACUCCUUUGAAGAAGGAAUUCGACAAAGUGUUCUUCGAUUACUAUAAGGUGGGACCUAAUAAGAAAUAUUUGGAUCACAUAGAACGCCUUUUCAAUAAUGAAAAAUGGUCUGAACUAGUGUCUGCAAUGAAGAUUAGUUACCAAGCUGCCAUUACUAAUUUGGAUAAAUCUAUGCCUAGUGGUAGCAGAAAACGUCUGUCUCAAGAGUCUGCAGACUCCGAUAAGGAUAAGAAAAAAGAAGAGAUGAGAUCCCGUUGGUCAAGUAUUGGUCAGAAAAUCGAGAAAUUGAAUGUUCAACUCAAGCAGAAAACAGCCCUAGCUUUUGCUUUUAUCGAAGGUACUUUAGUCAAGGCUAUUCAAAAAGGGUAUUGGGUUUUGUUAGACGAAAUCAAUUUAGCAAACGCUGAAACAUUAGAAUGCUUGUCUGGCUUAUUGGAAGGCUCUAACGGAUCUUUAUGUCUGAUGGAAAGAGGAGACAAAGAGCCUAUUACAAGACAUCCCGACUUCACUUUAUUCGCCUGCAUGAACCCCUCCACCGAUGUUGGCAAGAGGGAUCUACCUGCAGGUCUACGAAAUCGUUUUACAGAAUUCUUUGUGCAUGAAUUGACUGAAAAAAAUGAUCUGCUUCACUUGGUUGUGAGUUACAUCCAAAAUUUGUCUUUCAAAGAGAAAGCUCUGAAUAGGAUUGUCGAUUUUUACCUGAAGGUGAGAAAAGAGGCAGAAACCAAUCUUCUCGAUGGAGUUGGACACAAACCGCACUUUUCUCUGAGAUCACUUUGCAGAGCUUUGAAUAUCGCAUCAAAAAAUCCUUGCGGCAUGAUGAAAAGGAGCUUAUUUGAGGCAUUUAGUUUGAGUUUUUUGACACAAUUGGAUGCAGAGUCUUAUAAGGUUGUGCAAGAGAUGAUUGUUAAGUAUCUUGUUGAAAAAAAUGAAUUCAAAGCUGUUCUCAACCAACCAAUACCUAAACCCGAUACCCGUGUUGCAUCUUUUGUUCAGUUUGAAGGGUACUGGGUUCAACAAGGAAAUUUGGAAUGUGCAAUCCCUGACAAUUAUAUUCUCACAGAUUAUGUAAGAAAAAAUUUGAAAGAUUUGGUCAGGGUUGUAUCCAUUGGAAAGUUGCCAGUAUUGUUACAGGGAGAUACUUCGGUUGGAAAAACCAGUCUGAUAACAUAUUUGGCCAAAGCUAGCGGUAAUAAGUGUGUGAGAAUAAACAACCAUGAACACACAGAUUUACAGGAGUACAUAGGAUCUUAUGUAGCAGAUAUUAACGGAAAACUAGUUUUUAGAGAAGGUCUGCUGGUAGAAGCAAUGCGUCAGGGCCAUUGGAUUAUACUCGAUGAGUUGAAUUUGGCCCCUACAGAUGUGUUGGAGGCUCUGAACAGAGUUCUAGACGAUAACAGAGAGCUUUUCAUUCCUGAAACUCAGCAAGUGGUCAAAGCUCACCAGAAUUUCAUGCUCUUCGCUACCCAAAAUCCUCCUGGAGCUUAUGGUGGUAGAAAAAUGCUAUCAAGGGCUUUCAGGAAUAGGUUUGUAGAACUACAUUUCACCGAAAUUCCACCUAAGGAACUAGAGUUCAUCUUGCAUAAAAGAUGUCAAAUAGCUCCUUCUUACGCUAAAAAGAUGAUCAGUGUGAUGACAGAUUUGCAGACAAGGAGACGUGGUUCUGCGGCAUUUGCUGGCAAACAAGGUUUCAUGACACUUCGAGACCUCUUCCGUUGGGGAGAAAGAUAUAGGUUAGCUGAGAAUUCAAGUAAACUGUAUGAUUGGGACCAGCAUCUGGCUGAUGAAGGCUAUCUAGUUUUGGCUGGUAGAGUCAGGAAGAUAGAAGAAAAACAGGAAAUUAUCACUGUACUUCAAGAUCAUUUGAAGAGGAAAGUGAUCCCAGACAAUUUGUUCACUUUGUCAUCAUCUACUUCGUCGGUCACUAAAAAAAUACUGGAAGAUAUUUAUGAGAACAAGAAGAAGAAUACAAACAUUGUGUGGACUUUUAGCAUGCGUCAGUUGGCUGUACUGGUAGCUAAAGCCAUCCAGUUCAAAGAACCUGUUUUAUUGGUUGGUGAAACUGGUGGUGGUAAAACAACUGUAUGCAAAGUUAUAGCUGAUAAUAACAGACAAGAUUUGGUUACUGUGAAUUGCCAUAUGCACACCGAAAGUAGCGAUUUCAUUGGUGGACUGAGGCCUGUAAGGAAUCAUGAGGACAGUGAUCGUUUGUUUGAAUGGGUCAAUGGCCCCUUGAUUCAAGCCAUGGAGAAAGGAUGCGUGUUUUUAGCGGAUGAGAUAUCACUAGCUGAUGACAGUGUGCUUGAAAGACUUAAUUCACUCUUAGAACCGGAAAGGUGUUUGCUGCUUGCGGAGAAAGGAACUGAUAUUAACAAUGCAGAUACAUCAGAAUUGAUCAAAGCCCACAAUGAUUUCUAUUUUAUUGGUACUAUGAAUCCUGGUGGAGAUUUUGGUAAAAAAGAACUGUCUCCUGCUUUGAGAAAUCGUUUCACAGAGAUCUGGUGCGAACCUUGCACCAUUAGAGAAGAUUUGAUAGAAAUAAUCGAGGCUAAUAUCGGAGAGGGCGUAGGUUUUGGGAAUCAAGAGGAUGGUUCUAGUGGUAUCGGAAAGAGGAUACUUGAUUUCAUUGAAUGGUUUAAAAGUAACGUUGACAUAGGAAAGAAAUUCACGAUUAGUAUCAGAGAUAUCUUGACUUGGGUGAAUUUCAUCAAUACCUGUUCGAAAUCUGUGGAAAUUCAUGAAGCCUACGUUCAUGGCGCCAGUUUAACAUUUUUGGAUAGCUUCGGGUCUGGUGUUACAUCCGGAGAUAAUUUGAAAGCGUUGGAAAUAUUCAAGAAUACUUGUCUAGAGGUUUUGAACAAACAAAUGGUAAAAAUGGGAUUCCCGGAAGUGAAUGUCAGCCAGGACAAUCUUAAAAUCAAGAUACAUGGAUGCCAAUUCGGCAUUAUACCCUUCUUUAUUGACUUGGGCAAUCAGAGUAAUGUUAAGGGUGAAUUCUUCUUCAAUGCUCCUACUACACUUUUGAAUUGUUUGAGGGUAUUGAGAGGUAUGCAGCUCCAUAAGGCCAUUUUGUUAGAAGGCAGUCCAGGAGUGGGGAAAACCAGCCUUGUAACAGCCUUGGCUCAGUUCUCAGGACAUAAGAUUUUCCGAAUAAAUUUGUCUGACCAAACGGACAUAUCAGAUCUUUUUGGUGCUGAUUUACCGGUAGAAGGAGGAACUGGUGGUCAGUUCUCUUGGAAAGACGGACCUUUACUUCAGGCGUUAAAACAAGGCCAUUGGGUACUGUUGGACGAACUGAAUUUGGCAUCUCAAUCGGUGCUGGAAGGUUUGAAUGCCUGCUUAGAUCACAGAGGAGAAAUCUUCAUACCCGAGUUGGGUAAAACAUUCCAAGUCAAGGAAGGAACAAGGUUCUUCGCCGCCCAAAAUCCUCUGAAACAAGGUGGUUCCAGGCGUGGUUUACCCCAAUCGUUCCUGAACAGAUUUAUUCAAGUAUAUAUCGAUACUCUAACUGAUAAAGAUCUUCAUUUCAUAUUGAGCAAACAAUUUUCGAAAAUACCGAACGAAACUAUAACGAAAAUGAUCGAAUUCAACGUUUUAUUAGACGAUCAGUUGUCUGGACAUAAGUUUGGCAACAGGGGUGCCCCAUGGGAGUGCAAUUUGAGAGAUUUAACGCGUUGGUGUGAGGCUACCAUUUAUCACCAAAAGAUGAAUAGAACUGAAACAGAUAGCGAUUUCUACCCUGAGAAUUUGGUCAGUUUAUUGUAUGCUGAUAGAAUGAGAACGUUAGCGGACAAAGAAAAAGUUUACGAGAUCUUCAAGCAGGUUUUCGGUUGUGAUAUUGGAGGAACCAAGCCAAUUUUCUAUUUUAACCAAAAGGGUGCCUAUUUUGGUGAUGUCCACCUGAAUAAAGACCCAUUGGGCGAGAUGCAAAUUCAAGGUGAUGGUUCAGAUUGUCUUGUAUUGAGAAACCAGUUGCCAGUGCUUAGAAGUCUUUCCUACUGUGUCAAUUUAGGAUGGAUGAGUAUUUUGGUUGGCAGUUCCGGUUGCGGCAAGAGCAGCGUGGUGCGAACCCUCGCGAACGUCGUUGGAAAAACCCUGAAAACUUUCCCGGUCACCUCGGCUAUGGACACCACGGAUAUUCUCGGAGGAUUUGAACAGACCGACUACUCCCGUCACUUGGACGAGCUUUACCGACGUACAGAGACCAUCCUCAACGAUGGCCUGCGAAGGCUGCUGCUGGAGAAGAAGAUCAAGGAGGCCGUGAAGGCGAUGGAGCUGUGGGAGUCCAUCCAACGGUUACAGGAUCAAGAGAUGACAACGAUAAAGGAGGAGAUUGAAUUGUUCGUCCGCAAAUUGGACAAACUAAGCGCAGUCUGGGAUUAUGUAGAUGAGCUGAAACUGGGCGCAGUGGAGGAAUUGAGAGAGAAGGAGGCGGUUUUAAGGAAGAACGUCAAAGCUGAGAGAUCGCUUAAUGCCGGAGGAAAGUUCGAAUGGGUCGAUUCCGUUCUUAUAAAGUGUCUUCAAAACGGCCACUGGUUGUUGAUAGACAACGUGAACCUGUGCAGUUCGGCAGUUCUAGAUCGUUUGAAUGCUCUGUUGGAACCUCAUGGUGUUCUUACCAUCGGCGAAAGAGGAGUUGACAAAGAUGGUCGUAUGAUGGAAAUCAGGCCACAUCCUGACUUCAGGUUGUUCCUAACUAUGGACCCCAAAAACGGUGAAAUAUCCAGGGCCAUGAGAAAUAGAGGCGUCGAGAUAUACUUAUUGAACGAACGCGAGCAAGCAAACGACGAAUUGGACCUCAAGAGUAUGAUCGAAAUCAACGGCUUGAAAGACAGGAAACACAUCAACGUCCUCCUCGAUAUGCACUCGUUCUUGAGCAGUUUGAUACUAGGUGAACAACCAACCAUAAACGAACUCCUGCAGUCAGCCUCCCUGAUCGCACAGCUUCUCAGAUAUGGCGUGGACCAAAAGGAAGCAUUCCAUUCCACCCUUAUCGAGGUGUACUACAAGACCAGGUCCCCAGUGGAAUUCAACACCAAAGAGGUGGAUCGUGUGUUGAACGAUGAACUAGAAUCGCAACUAUCAACCAUCAACAUCGAUAACGAUUGGUACAACGAGAAAUUCACCGUCGGUACAGACAAUCGUAGGGUUUCUUCUGAUAUUAAGAAGAUCGAGCAACAGUCAGCUCUCAUUCAUUCUAUCCUCAGACGAAAUGUUGCCUUGGAUGACGGCAACACCUUGCAGUAUCUAUUGGCAAUGUUCUACAGUAUGUCAACCCCAAAAGAUCUAAAGACGCGUCACAGUUACAUCAGACACGUGUUGAGUAGUGAAGACGAAACCCUUUCCAAGAUAACGGAACAGAUGUUUGAAAUACUCAGUAAUUCAUCGUUCGACGUCCAGGGUCUACCAAUUGAUCAUAGAUGGCUCCCAGAUACCAUCUACUGCAAUUGGGCAGGCUCUGACGUUAAUACCACGUUACUCAAACUCUUCCUCACCAUUUAUUAUAGCAACGAUGAGAAAACGAUAGCUGGAAAGCCUAAAGUGGCUCUUUUAGAUUACCUUCAAGCCAGAAGAAGGAACGAGAUAGGCGAUAAAUUCAACGAAGUGGUCUUAACCGAGUUCUUAUCGUUGGUAGAAGCGUUCGAUUCGAGUUUGAAGAUGGCUGUGGAGAGGGAGGAUCUAAGAUUGACAGACGAAGAGGUGAUCCUUGUUCUGUAUCUAAUCAAGUGGAGAUUCCUGUUCUCCAACUGCUCCUUGGUGGGUGUUACAGACAAGCGCGAACAUUUCAGAAUAGUGACCAACGUGAAGGUGCAUUACAAUUGGUUCUUCAAGUACGGAGUUAAAAGCUUGUUCGAAACGCUUGGACAAAGCGACGAUGAGAAGUUAGGUGCCGUCUUGCGCAGGAUCAAUCUGGUGAUGGACAGACAGUCUUCAGGGUUGUUCAAGAUCGGGAAGAACUACCAGAAGCACAUAAGCAGACCUCCGCCGUACACCGUACGUUCAAACUUGGAAGCCACGGCGGAAUUCGACUUUAUAAGCGGCUUUUACAACAUCUGCGACCGUAGGAACAGUUCCAAGGAGGUCCUUAAGCUGCUCAACGGCGAUACCAACAUAAGGAACAUCCUCAUAGACUUGAAGGUCAACUUGACUUACAAUUUCGAUAGUGUCUCUGAAAAGAUGGACACCCUGAAACUGGUACAUGAAAAGAACGAGUCGGGAACAUUGAAAAACAUGGAUGAUUACAAGAGGGAACUUGUGCCAUUCUUCCAUUACCUGGAGGAGCAGUUGGUGAGGAGGAGGUUGUCUUCAGGGGAAUCACCGACGUUUGAAAAUAGUCUGGUGAUACCUACAGACCUGGUGGCUACUUGUGUGAAGUUCGCGAAAACUAGGGACGAACGAUUGCUUCAUGAAAUGGUCAAAUGUUAUUUCCUAUAUUUGAAUGAAUCUCCCAGCGUUCAUCUGGAGGAGUAUCUCGAGGAGAAGGAGGAAACUCAGUACGUCGCCCUUAACGGGCACCAUCCUAAGUUGUCGUUCUACCUUGGAAAGUUGUUGAUUAGGAACGAGACCGAAGAUGUUAACACCACCAAAUUGGGUAAUUUCAGGGAGUUGAUGAACCAGCACAGGACCCUGAACGUGUCCCUGUGGAAGAACGUGAAGGCUUUACACAGCAGCGAAUACGACUUCAUUAAUAUUGAAACUACUUACAUAAAAAAUGACCUACAAUUAUUCGUCAACCAACUUGGAUCAUCCUUCAACUUGGACUGUGCUUCUUUAACACUCUCUCAACUGAUAGAAAAAUGUGUUGUCGAAGUUGAAAAAUACCAAAACACUGUAACCGGCUCAGAACACCGCGAUGCCAUAGCAAAAUUCGCAGAAACCCUACAAAACUGUUACAAAAACAUAAACCAAUUGUCCGAAGUCUCCAAUGAAAGUAUCAACGAUAAAAUUGGACUCAUAGCUACCACCCACGUUCAGCUUGGUUACAUGAAACUAACGUUGAAUUCCCAACUUCAUCUCAUUGAUCCCCUCACCAAGAAGGCCAUCAAAAAGGAACAUUUGGAACAGGCUAUUCAGGAUUUCGAAGGAUUGAAAAGAUGCUUUGAGCUUCAGAAUAAAGUGUUCAGUGCUUCCUCGGAUACCACACAUGUGUUGCACAGUCCUAUCAAGGAGAUGAUUGAGAGAUUAACAUUGAAAGCACAAUCUUUAGGAGAAUAUGUGGCUGUGAGGUCUGAAAAGAUCCAAUACGAGUCUGUGUUCAUGGUGGUAAAAAGUUCAAUGUCUUCCAUCCUUUCUAAGGAAUCAUUCGACAAAAUAGAAGAACUCACUGUGGUGUUGAAGACACUCAUUGUGGCCAUAAGAGAAAAUAAAAAUAUCUCCUUAACUGAGAUAGAGCGGAUGUUGUCUCGUUACGAACCCUCAAUCAAAGGUUACGAAAAUAUUAUCUUGGAAUGGUCCAACUACAGGCUUUCCUAUCCCGAUAUUGUAGAACCUCUACUCAGUAAUGUGGCACAAUUCUUAUAUGGGUACAAAAUGAAAGUGUCCCUUUUGCGAAAAUUAUAUGAACAAUACAAGUACAAGCAACAACAUGUAGAUAUUAGUGAAUAUAUCACUUCUUUGUUGAAAUAUCCAGUAUUGGACAAAAAUCAAACAGAUUAUAUGGAACAUAUCGAUUCUUAUUCCAACAAGAAUACACAGGAGUUCAUUGAACAUAUUAUGAGAGACGAAAUGAACAUGGCUGAUGUACAAAAUUUAAGAUUGCUUAAGUGCGGUAUUCAAGAAUCGUUCAACGCAUGUAUGGUAUACAGUAAUACCGAACUUCUUAACGAAACCAUUUACGAAAAAUUCAUCAAGUUGAUUGAAGUAUUCGUGGCCAAGUAUAGUGAGCAAGAACAAAGGAAAGAAGAGGAGAAAAGAGAAGCUGAGAGCUUAUACAAAAUGAAAACGAAAUGCAAGGAACUAACAGAGGAAGAAGAGAUUGAGGAAGAAAUUAAAGAACUAUUCACCAACUACCAUUCAGUCGAUUUUGCUGAUAUGCAGCCAAAGGUACAUCUAACAGAUGAUUCCGAACCUGAAUUCGGUGAGAAAGGACACACCUGCGAAAUAUCUUAUGAAGAUUUAAAAUUCGUUUCUGAACUUCACUCUAUGCUUGUUCAAACUUUAACAAAAUCAGAGUGGUUGAAACCUGAGAAAAACAAGAAUGUCAAGUGUAACUUUGUACACCCUCUCAUGCAAAAACUGAAAGUUUUUCGCCAUCUUCUAGAUAAAGUAGUUAGGUCUUUGGAUUAUAACAUGGAUAAAGAACUAUUUGGCAGCUUCAAUGUUUUACUGGGUGUUGUCCAGAAAUAUGGAAAGGAAGAAUCUUUAGAUCAAGAUGGAUCACCCACUAGACUAUCCAGAAACGAAUGCUCAAACUUCUAUAAAGACGCAGAUGUAGAGGAGGUGAAGUCUUGUUACCACAUUCUGGAAGAGUUGAGACUAAGGGUAGAUGAACUGCUCGAUGAGUGGCCAGAACAGCCAACACUAAAAACGAUCAAUGAAGUUAUAGAUAGGAUCUACAAUUUCAAUAUAAACAGUCCAUUAUCCAGGUUUUUGACUGGUUUUGAAAUACUGCUGAAUAAAUGUCACGAAUGGGAACAAGUGGCUCACUCUGGUGUUACCCUCAGUCAAUUCGAACAGAAUAUUAUUCAACAGAUUAUCACUUGGAGAAAGAAGGAGUUGGCUAUGUGGAAAAAUCUUCUGAAUUCGGCAUUCGAAAAGUUGAAUGACUCCAAAGCGAAGUGGUGGUUGUACCUUUUCAAAGUGACGGAACAAUUCAUAGUAGAGAAGCUCUUCACAGUAGAAGAGUUGAUAACAACUUUGCAAAAAUUCAUAACAACCUCAAACGUCGCAGAAUUCCAGAUGAGACUGGACUUACUACAUACUUUCCACUGUUUUGCCGUUAAUUUCAAAGGUUCUGAGCAUCAUGAAGAAGCUCAGGUUUAUCAAAAUGUUCUGUGGAACCUUCAUCAAUAUUACGAUCAGUUCAGAGUAUGUAUUGCUAUGAAAAUCAAGGAUCUCAGGGCUCCAGUUGAAAAGAAGUUGAAGGAUUACGUAAAGAUUGUGAAAUGGAAGGACAUAAGUUAUUGGUCUGUGAAGGACACUGUGGACAAAUCCCACAAAAUACUUCAUAAACAUGUUAGGGAAUUCAAGAGUAUUAUGAUUCAACCGGUAUCUAAAUUCCUUAUACAUACUAACACCACUGGCAAUAACGACGAAAAUGUUGGUAUCUGGGACAGACCUCAAAGACAUUCGCCAAAGAAAUAUCAUUACACUAUGGAUGCUGCAACUUACGUAGCGAAAAAAUCCAUUUCCAAGAAUGUGGAGGUAACCGCGAUUCAAGAAAGUAAAAUCCUUUCUAAAAUGACUUCUUACUUCAAAAAGUCUCGGACCUUGUGCAAGGACAUCGUACAAGCUACAAAAUACCCAGAAUUAGUAAGAGAUAUGGAUGAAUUCGUUUCUGAAGUAAUCCAGACUAGCAGCCAUCUACAGAAGUUAGAGGUUGACACCACCUUACCGAAAAACAAACAGAAGUCGCAGUCGAAAAAUAUUUUGCAACAAAAGCAUAGAGCUCUAGCCACGCUCUUCAAAACUCUGAGUAAAAUCGGUCUCUCCUUCAGAACCGGCAUGGUGGAAAAUUCGACGAAGAAUAACAUGGCAGAGUUUACCAUCAAACCUGUAGAUCUUACAGCAAGCUUCGGUCAUAUCGGGAACAACAAGAAUGAUGAUAAGAUUUUGACCAUUUGGGAUUCUUGUGAACUCUAUUUCUUGAGGUCCCUGAUACGUUUUAACACCUUGGAGAGCACCCUGCUGCAGCCUGCUAAAGACUUGGGCAUGAAUAACAUUGAAAGAUGUCAAGGAUAUACAGCUCACCUCCUGAGUAUAUCACGAAAACAAAAAUCUGAAAUGAUAGAGAUGAGCAGGUGUCUGUACUAUCUGAGACAUUGUUUCAAUAAUUUAUCCAAUUAUUGCAAUAGCAACGAAUUCUUGGAAAUUGAAUAUCUAGAAAACUUGAGUAACAUAAUGAAAAAACUAACAAUUGUUUCAAAACAAUACGAGAUUAUAUUGAACACCUUACCUGAGGAAGAUUCCUUGAAUGUAACUCAGAUUCAAGUAAUCGAACUCGAAGCCAAAUAUGAUUUUCCCAAGUACAAGUAUGACUCUAAUUGGAAUAAAUUGCUUUCUUCAAUUAAAUCAAUCAUAGAGCACUCGAAUAAAAUACAAACCAUUAUUGCAAGAUGUAUCUCCAAAGUUCCCUGUUUGGACUUCCAAUUGAAGCAGUCUAAGUUGAUUCCUGCAGAAGAUGGUCAUCUCAUUCCAUCUCUCUUAGAAGUUAUUCUUGAGAAAUCUAAAGAUAUUUUAGCAUUCAUCUCUGAUACUCACCUUCAGAACAGCUUGACUUGGUUGUCUGACCAGGUAACAGAAGCAAAAAAUAAUUUCGAAUUGAAAAAUUCUCCAAACACAUCUGCACAGUCAGAUUUGAAAAAACUUACAGCUAAUGUUGAGAACAGCUCAUUAAAAAUUCUACUUGUAUUCCAAGAAAUAUACAAAAAAUAUUCACAGUUAGCGAAGACUAGUUGUUCGAAGGAAGAAAAAGAUGAAGAACAGAAUGAUUUAGAAGACGAACACUUGAAAACAAUGUUGGUGGAAAAUUUGUUGACCGAUGUUAAACAACUGGAUUCGAAGAAUGUUUUAAAAUCUGUAAAGAAAGUUACAGAAAGUCUUUUAUCUGGAAAUACUCCUCUUAGUGAAGAUAGUAAAGUUAUAGCCAGUCAAUAUUUAUCCUUACUAGAGCAGAUCAUUUUGCUAUAUCAAUAUUUCUUGACCCAACAAGUUUCAUCCUACAGAGUAACUUGUAAGCUCAAUUCUAUUCUCCUGAAUAUCUUCAUUGAUUUAGCAGGAAAGGGAUUCUGUGUGCCUCCCGAACUUUCUGACGAAACAGAGGAACAAGGACCAGGCAAGCCAUCUGGUGGCAUGGGUCUUGGAGAUGGUCAAGGAGAAAAAGAUGUUUCUGAUAAAAUAGAGUCCGAAGAUCAAUUGGAUGACGCUCAAGUUGAAGGCAAAGAGAAGGAGGAUAAAGAUGAAGAUCCUGAUUGCAAGGAAGAGGACAAUGCUAUUGAGAGAUCAGAAGACUUUGAAGGUAAAAUACAAGAUGUAGAAAAGAAUGAAAAUGAUGAUAGUGAUGAGGAAGAGGACAAUGACGAUGCGGAAGAAAUGAUGGAUAAAACGGAAAAGGGUAGCAAUAAGUUGGAGAAAGAGAUAUGGGAGUCAGAUCAAGAGGAUGAGGGAGAAGGAAGCGAUGAAGAAGAUGGAAAUCAAGAAGAUACUGGCAAAGGAGAAGAAGAAAGUCAAUCUCAAAUGGGUGCAAAUGAAGAUGAUCAAAAACAGAAUAAGGAAAAAGAUAAAAAGGCUGGUGAGAACCAACUGGGUCAGAAGGACGACAUAGAUGAAAUGCAAGAACCUGAAUAUGAUGAACAAAUUGAUCCGUACCAUACAAACUUCGAAGAACCACCUGAACCAGAGCCAAUGGAUCUGCCAGAUGACUUGCAACUAGAUGAGGGCGAAGACAAAGAAGAACAGCAGGAAGAAAACCCAUUCGACAUUGAUACUAUGAAAGAACAAACUAUGCCAGAAUACCCAGAAGAGGAAACCGCUGAGGAAAGUGAGGAAAAACAAAAUGAUGAAGUAAAAGAUUUUGACAGUGAUGACGAAGAAAUAAAGAAGGGAGAUAAAGAAGAUGAUCCUCAAGAUGACUCAAAUGGCCAAGAAGAUGAGAAAGAAAAUGACGAAGCUGAAAAUAAAACAGAAGAACAGGAAGAUGUGGAGAUGGAAGAAAAUUCAGGAGAAGCAAUUGAGAUGGAGGAUAAUCCAGAAAAAGAAAAAGAGGAAGCAGGAGAUGAAAAAACGGAAGCUGCAGAUCAGACCCAAAGCCAAGAAGACGGCGUGGAGGCUAUGGAAACUGAAGACGCAAGUGCUGCAGAUAAGACUCAAGGAGCUGAAUCUGACAAUAAAAGUAGUCAGCCUAUUGAUGAAUUACAGCAGGAAGAAAAACCUGAUCAAGAUGGUAUGGGCCAGUCUCAGAUGGAGGAAAGUCAAAGUGGUCAUUCUACACAAACUGACAAACCUCAAGAAACAGAUAGCAGUAAUAAAGAUCAAAAAGACUUGAAACGUAAAGAGAGACCUGGUGAGUCAGACACUCAGAGAAGUUUGGGAGAUAUAAAUGAACCGGUGCAGAAGAAAUUGAAAGCCAUGGAUUUCAAAAAUAAUGAAGAAGACCAAACGUCCAAACAACCGGAAGAAGAUAAAAACGCGAAAGCAGAAAUGUACCAACACAUUAAAGAUGCUAGGGAAGAUGCAACGCAGGUCUUAGAUGUAGCAACUGAGGAACAGGCUAAGGCUCAAAAGGAACAAACGGUACCAAAUGAAGAAGAAGAGGAAGCUGAACAGCCAACUGAGUCAUCUCAAGAUCUUCCCGAGGAUGAAGACAAAGAUAUGGAAGUAGUAGAAGGGAUCAAACAAAAACAUGAAAAAGUUGAGAACCAAAAGGACAAGAAGAAGGACGCUAAAUCCCAUCCAGAAGGUGAUGUUCUCGAAGAGAUAGAAAAGAUAAACGUUGAUGGUGAAUAUAUUGAGGCUGCUACUUGUGCAAGACCGCCAGUAUCUUCCCAUCACACUCUUUUCGAAGAAGAAAAAAUUAAAGUAGACGCAGGUUUAUCGAUUGAAGAUAUGAAUUCUUUGAGAAUGGAGGUAGAGGACCAAAUGGCGUCUUGGUAUGAGCCUCCUUCUGAUGUUGAUGCAGAACAAACUUGGCAGAAAAUAUCUUCGGUGACAUCUUCAUUGGCCCAAGAACUUUCCGAACAGUUGAGACUUGUCCUAGAGCCAACUCAAGCAAGCAGACUGAAGGGCGAUUACAGGACAGGACGUAGGAUAAACAUGAGAAAAGUGAUUCCUUACAUCGCGUCACAAUUCAGAAAAGACAAAAUAUGGCUUCGAAGAACCAAACCUUCCAAGAGAGAGUAUCAAAUUGUUUUGGCGAUUGACGAUUCCUCCAGUAUGGCCUAUAGAAAAUCGAAAGAAAUGACGUUCGAGAGUGUAGCUUUGAUUUCGAAAGCUCUCACAUUACUGGAAAGUGGACAACUUUCUGUUUUGAGUUUUGGAGAGCGUACCGAAGUCCUUCAUAAAUUAACUGAUCAAUUCACAGAAAAAAGCGGUAUUAAAUUGCUGCAGAAAUUCAAGUUCGAUCAAAAGCAGACCUGUUUGUCGAAAAUGGUGGACUUUGCUACGGAAAUGUUGAGUACUUCCCAAACCCAAACUAACAGUUUGACAGCGAAGUUGUUGAUUAUACUGAGCGAUGGGGUAGGUGUAUCUUUGGAUGGUGAAAUCAGACAAGCGGUCAGAAGAGGAAAAUUGGCGAAUAUUUUCACGGUUUAUGUUAUUAUCGAAAAUCCAGAUAAUAAGCAUUCAGUGUUUGAUAUCAGAGCACCAUCCUUCAAAGACGGAAAGUGGGUGAUUGAAAACUAUAUGGAUCUUUUUCCAUUUUCAUUCUAUAUUCUCGUUCGGGAUUUAGUUUCUCUCCCGAACGUCUUGAGUGAUGCACUCCGUCAGUGGUUUGAAAUGGUUUCUACAAUGGAUAAAUGAAUCUUUGCAUUUUAUUGGUCUACAUAUUGUAUUAUAUUUAUUAAUAAAUGAUGUUAAGUAA